UGUAAAGUGGCUCGCUGUGGUGCUGCGAUGGAAGAAUGUUGAUAUUCGUCGGAUUCUUCCCAAAAGCCUGGCGAGUGCGGCCACAUUAAGCGCUCGCUGGGACGCCAGAUUAACUGUUUGUGCGAAGCAUUUCACGUGAUCUCAAUGUUCCGAUUUGAGCUGCAGCGAUCAUAUUCGACACAUUAUCUGUCACAAGCACUACAUCUUUAUUCGAUAGCUGCCAUUCCUCGACGACAUGAGACAGUAGCUCUGCAAGAUGUGCACCUGUGUGAGACGUUAUUGUAUUGUCACAUUCGACUGUGUUGCGACCGAAGUCCAGGAAUCGCAUGUUAUUGCAACUCGAUGAGCUCGGCUCAUUAACUUCAUUACCUGGGCCAUGGUUUCGUGGUAGAGUUCGGGCAGAGUGUUUUCUGAAAAGUGGCUGCGUGAGGGAAGUGGCUAUAUCGCGGCUCCAGUGUAUUCAACAGGUGGCGAAUCCCGGGCUUUACCUGAUGAAGGUGAAGGAGGAAAUUACAGAACCGAAUGAAGUUGAAGAAAAACCUCAUCAUUUUAUAAAUGGAGAAGAAUCUCAAAGCUGCUUGAAGACUGAGGAGAAUUUCUCAUUAAAACAAUCUCAAAGAGAAACAGCCAAAGACUCCCUUACAUGCCCUCAGUGUGGAGACAUCUUCACUCGUAAAUGUAAUUUAAACAAGCACAUAAGACGUCACGCAGAUGGAAAAUCGUACAUUUGUACUCCGUGUGGAAAGACCUUUAAGAAUGUUUUUACACACAAAGUGCACAUGCGAAGUCACACUGGAUUAAAUCCUUACAGAUGUGACCAGUGUGGAAAGACUUUCAAUGGUAAAUCCCACUUGAAAGAUCACAUGAGAAUUCACACCGGAGAAAAGCCGUACACAUGUGACCAAUGUGAAAAGACCUUUGCACUGAAAUCCACUCUUAAUGUGCACCUGAGAUGUCACACUGGAGUAAAGCCGUACAGAUGUGACCAGUGUGAAAAGAGCUUUGCACAGAAAACCCACUUGAAAGAUCACAUGAGAAGUCACACUGGGGAAAAGCCUUACGGAUGUGACCAGUGUGGUAAGACCUUUACACGUAAAUGGCAUGUUACUAAGCACAUGAGAAGUCACAAUGGAGAACAGCCCUACAGAUGUGAUCAGUGUGGAAAGAGUUUUGCGUGGGCAGAUAACCUGAGAACUCAUCUUCUGUGUCAUUCUGGAGUGAGACCAUUUCAGUGUGAACAAUGCUGUAAAACAUUCCAUUCUGUACAUUACUUGAAGAAGCAGAUGAGGACACAUGCACAUAUAACUAAUGCACUCUCUUCCUCUAAAGAACACAAGAAAACACACACAUCUCUUAUGUGCUUUGAGUGUGGAAAAGCCUUUACUACAUCUAGCCAGUUAAAAAAGCAUCACAGAUUUCAUACAGAAGAGAAACUUCACCCCUCAGGAUGUACGAACCCUCAUGAAACUGUUCAGACCAGAAGAUCCCUGAGAUCUUCUUCCGUCAUUUGCUAAUACUUGUGUAGUAGUGUUUUAAGUUUGUCGUUGUUUGAUGAGACAAAUUCAGAGAUGGUCAUUGUAAUAACUGCGAAAUAAAUCUGGAGUGUUAGUUAAGCAAUAUUUGAUCAACAAUCUGAAUUCAUUUCUUUGGUAAAUUACAGACCAGUGAUGCUUGAAUUUUUUGUUCAGUGCUGGGUAACUACAGGCCAUUGAAUAAGUGUUUUGAGACCAUCUUGUAAAAUUAAAAUGUAACAUUUUUAUGGAUGGCUAAAGCCUUUUGAACAUAAAACAGCUACUGGUAUUCACAGUCAUAGUUCUAGAAUCAAACCUGUCAUCACACAAUAAGACACUUAUAGAUUUGCCGAAUUGUGUCGGGUUAGUGGAGGCAAAUAUUUAAAUAUUAAAGAAAUUUCAUCUCUGUUUGAAAAUUAACCCACAAUUUACUCACCUUCAUGCUAUCUUGGGUACAGUAUAACCAGGGCUGGGGAGUAACGAAAUACAUGUAACUUAGUUACUUAUUUUAAAUCAAAAUUUGAGUAACUAUUUCAUUAUAGUUACUUUUUAAAUGGUGGUAAUCAAAUUACAGUUAUAUCCGAAAAGUAUUUUAGAUUACCAAAGUGAUUCCUUGGAAUUUUAAUGGUAUUUAUUUCAUUUAAACUUUAUAAUAACUGUAACGGGCAAUUAAAGGGGUCAUACGAUAUGACUAAAACAAAUAUUAUUCAAUCUGUAUACACUUUUUAAGGUUGAAAAACACUGUUUUUUUUCCACAUUCCGUGCAUGUUUGUAUCUCCUGUUUGCCCCGCCUCUCUGAAGCACGCAGAUUUUAACAAAGCUCAUGGCUCUAAAAAGCAAGAUGUGCUAUGAUUGGCCAGUGAACCAGUGCCUAUUGAUUUGUCAAAUACUGCAACCGUUUGACGGAAAUGUAACGCCUCUUACCAUAUUUGGAACAUCAGGUUACAAAGCAAUUGUACUGACAGGUUUGUCUGGUCUCUGACGUAGAUAUGUGGGGGUGUGGUUACGCGAUGCGUUUCAGGCAGGUCUGGGUGAGCAUUCGUUUUUAUAUAGAAUGCAUCUUUCCUUCUGACAGUUUAAUUUUUGCAGUUGUACAUGUCUAAUACAUGCAUGGGCAAUUUAUAACAUACGCUGUCAAACAUGUAUUCUUACGACUCCUUUAAUGUAAACAGCAAUUGGUGGUUCUCUGACUCUGACACUCUGCAAAAGCAUCCCAAGCCACAGUUCUGCUCGUUUUCAUGCCCUUUGCAGAAUAUGCAAAAUUUGAAUAAUUUUA